AUGGCCUUGAAUGAUUCAUAACCGAGUUUAGGAAGAAUUCGACAUCAAGUUUCGAAGCAAGUUCGUUGAUCUCAGUCUAUGUGGCAGAUGGCGGACGCGCCUGAACGCUAUACUGAAUCACAAAGUUCAGUUUAUUGUGACCGUUCUGUCGGGCUGUUUUCCGUUUUGGACAUGGCUGCCAAACUACGACGUCAAAAAUAAUAUGUUAGGCGACCUGGUCGCCGGUAUUACGGUUGGCAUAAUGUCAAUACCGCAAGGACCUUUCGCCAUUAUCAGCCUCAUGGUUUCCGUUGUGUUGAACCGUUUCAGCUCUUGCCAGACAUCUUGCCCGCCUUUGAUUUCAUAUAACGAAUCGUACGGUAGAGUUGACCAGUGGUUCUGCGGUUCCAACGAUGCGACAAACUGUAGCCGUUCUGACGGCUUGAAUAUCGAAGUUGCCCCUGCCUUGACGUUUCUGGUCGGAGUUUUUCAGAUCAUGCUUGGAAUUUUAAACAUGGGAUUCCUUGCUGUCUAUCUGUCAGAGCAGCUGGUUGAAGGCCUGACCACUGCUGCUGGAUUAUUUGUUUUGACUAGCCAGAUUGGAGGCUUGCUCGGUAUACCCAAUCUGCCGAAAACUGGCCAGCCACUGGACAUAAUACGGUUCUAUGGCUGCCUAAUGAUGCGAAUCGUGGAAAGCAAUUUCUUGCCAGUCGUCAUAUCGUCAGCAUGCAUAAUAGUCUUACUUCUGAAUAAGCUUUAUCUCAGCCCAUUCACGAAGAGGAAGAUCAAGUUCCCCGUGCCAAUGGAUUUAAUACUGAUUGUCAUUUUGACUGUUCUUUCAAACACCUUGAAUCUCAAAGAAACCUUUGGACUUUCCGUUGUUGGCAAAAUUCCACGAAGAAUGUUAGCUCCGCAGGUGCCGAGCUUUCGUCUAAUGGCGAACAUGGUUCCCGAUGCCCUGGCGAUUGCGGUCGUCAGCUACUCAAUAUCGCUCAGCAUUGCAAAGAUGUUUUCUCAGAAGCAUUCUUAUCGCAUCAGAGCUAAUCAGUGUGUUCUCUCGGCAAUUAUUGUCGUUGCAUUGAAAGAGACUUUCAGCAAAUUCAGUCACCUUCCAAAGCUGUGGAAGAUAUCCAAAACAGACUUCUGGAUAUGGAUUGUCAGUUUUUUUGCUGUCGCUUUUCUGGAUGUCACCUACGGAUUGAUGAUCAGCGUGGUUUUCGCUCUGGUGACUGUCGUUGUCAGGUCUCAGUGGCCAGACCGCGUUUGUCUUGGAGUCAUACCCGGAACCGAACUUUAUCGCGGCAUCAACGCCUAUGAAGAGACGCAGGAGUUCCCAAAUAUCAAGAUCUUUCGCUUCGAUUCCCCGCUGUACUUUGCAAAUGCCGAAAUGUUCAAGAAAUACCUGUAUGAAUCAACCGGCGUCGAUCCGAUAUCAGUCUUCGCCGGUAUGAAAAGAAUUAACACUCAACGUACGAUUUACUCCGCAGAUGAGGAAAUUGCGAAACUUGACAGUGGUGGAGGUGAGACCGUCUGCUGCGAAAUUUCAAAGCAUAAUGCAGAUGAAUGUAAAGAACGUAUGAACGCUGACAAUGACCUUCUCACCGUGAUUAUUGACUGCUCUUCGUUUCCGUACAUCGACUUGUCGGCAGUGAAUGCAUUGUUCCACGUGUAUCAAGAAUACCGGGCGGUCGGGGUAAAUCUUGUUUUCGCCCAGUGUAAAGUUGCUGUGCGGCAGAUGCUUGAAAAAAGCUGUUUUUAUUCCAUCGUUCCCAGAAGCGCUGUCUACAUGUCCGUUCACGACGCAGUAGUAGACACGAUUACUGCUUCUCGCGCUUCUUCUUGA